AGAGAAAUAUUUGAAAUAAAGGCCAACAGAUAGGGGACGCCGGCAAAAUCAGUUGGAGAGGUUGAGGGGCCAAUAACCUCUGGCUGCGGAAUCACUGCAAUCUGGCCUGUGUUUGCUGAUGAUAAUGCGCCUUUCCAAAGCCCUGAUAGACAUGGAGAUGGCAGAUUAUAGUGCGGCUUUAGACCCGGCAUACACGACUCUGGAGUUUGAGAACAUGCAAGUCUUGGCAAUAGGCAACGGUAAGUCCGACUCGGAACUUUGCUCUUCUCUGUUAAAUUUUGGGCAAGGGACAGCUGACCUUCAGAGGCGCAUUUGCAAACAGGCAGCGGCGGCCAGAUGGUGUGGAGGCUUCGUUGCCUGUCUGUUUCCUUCUUGUCCCAAGGAAAACCUUCCCUGUCGGCGGAGGCUCUUCUCCAGGCUCCCUGCCUGUUUAUGGCAAGAUUUUGUUUGACCAGUGCUCCGUUUAGCUCGAACCGGGUGACUUUUCCAGGGAUGGGUGCGCCGUAGAAAUCUUGUAGAGUAUUACGGGUUUUCUCCCACAUGACAUAUCUGUCAGAGGAAGGCAUAGAAAGAAUCCCAGAAGGUUGCAUGGAUGGUGAGCAUAUAGGGGGAAGGGAACAAAGCAGAGAGCUAGGUCAUUGAUCCAAAGUGUAGGACCCAAACCAAGAGGUUUAAAUUCUAAGAAAAAAUAUAAUUUAGAAUCGGAAAGAACUUCCAACUCGUGUCUGUGAUUGUCUCCUGAAGGGAUUGGCUUCGAAGGGAUGUGAUUAGAUAAUACAGUAUAGUUUUCCCUGCCUAGAGGCACUUCUGCGGUACAAGGACUCAUUAGGAACAGAAUUUGUCUUUAUGCCAAAUACAUUUCUUCGUGUUGCCAGUGCAGGGGGGCAAUUUGAAUGGGGGGGGGAUUUGAGAGUUAUUAAUAGGUAAUGGCCUUUUAGGCUUCCUCCACAUGAAUAGGUGUUCACUUUUUGAAUAAAAUGUCCCCGGGGGGAGGGGGCACCAGGAUUUUAGAGAUGCUUAGGUGGGGCAUGGCCAAAAAAAGGUUGGGAACCACUGACUUAGAGGGAUACUGGUUCAGAAUUCAGGAAGGAUUGGAAAAGAUCUGCUACUUCAAUCCUAUGCACACAAACCGGGGAGUAAGCCCCACAGAACACAUUAGAACUUAAUUGCAAGUACAUUUACACAGAAUUGUGCUAUAGAGAUGGGCCACUGUGUGCUUAUUUCACAUAAUAAUAUUUGCUGUUUAUAUCCAGCGCUUUUUGAGAGGCCAAAGAGCUCAUCCUUAGAGCAGCGCUGCACCGUUGGCCCAGAUUAUUAUUCCCAUAUUGCAGGUAGCAGGGCUGAAGCUAAUAAACACUGUCUGGCUGAAGUGCACCUAAUGAUUUUGUGGCCGAGGCCAAAUUUGAUCCAGAAACUUCCUUCCUCACGGAUCAAAUGCGUAAGAUACCUCACAAAUUCCUGGAUUACCUUGUCAAGUGUGUAUGUAGCCUUUUGGGGUGUUUUGCCAGUCACAUUUCGCGGUGGAAAAUGACAUCCUGCCUUAUGCCAGUGUGUGCAUAGACUGUGAGGCCAAAAUAAUAGCCUUGCAGCUUUUCAAACUGCAAACAGCUUCAGCAUGUUUUAUAGCAAGGAAUGAAGAAGUACUGCAGGCUGACAUUUCUGCUUCCUUCAGCUGCUUUAGCCCAUAGGAGUCAUUAGCUUAUUCCACUCCUAAAACGUUUGGGGAUUUGUUUUUGUUCACAAGAUCCAAGAUUUGUGUUUUGGCAUGUUUACCCGUGGAUUCUCUGAACAGGCUAAUGGCUAAUCUUAGUGUAAUUCAGAAGCAUGCCUUACAUUAAUUCUGAAAUUCAGAAAGAUAUCUUCUCUACUCAAAUUUUCUUAAUACGGACACCUAUUAGGUCUUUACUGAGUGAUUUUACAAGGAGAAAGGGUUUCAUACUUCGCACAUGUCAUUAUUUAAUAAGCACAAUGCCAAUUCUCUGAAUAUGCAUACAGGUCUCCUCUAUAGUGCGUGCAUUGAAUAUUUGCCUGGUUGUCUGGUGUUUUUUUUAACACUUUAUUUUUGAUUGCCUUAACACUGGGAAGGUGGCAAUAUUAUCAUGGAUUUUUUAUUCUAUUUUUUAUUUUUACUUCUGAGGGUGGAAUAUAAAUACUUGAAAUGUACAAUAAUAUAUCAUAGCCUUGGAAUAUAACCCAACCCUGUUUGGGACAACAACAUUAUACUGGAGCAUCUUUCCCCCCAGUUGCUGUGUGAAAUUUAAUUGCCAUGAGCCAAUUCAAACCUGUACGUAAUACUGUGGGAUAUUGUAAAAUGGGAUGAGCUACUUGUGCCCCUCCAGAGCUUGCUGGACUCCAACUCCCAUCAGCCCCAGCCAGCAUGACGAAUGGCCUGGGAUGAUGGGAGUUGUAGUUUAGCAGCGCCGGAAGGGUCACGGGUUCUUCACACCUGUGUUAAACCAAUGGCAGAAGGAGAAGAAAGCUGGAGGUGGAGGGAGGGAGAGAAAAAGAGAGGGGGGAGAAGGAGCGUUGUUGUUAGUGGGGGAGAAGAAGAGGAGGAAGUGGGUGGGUGCAGUGCCGGAUUUACAUAUAAGCUAAACAAGCUAUAGCUUAGGGCCCCACUCUCUUGGGGCCCCCCCAAAAAAAUUAAAGGGAAAAGAAACUGGAUGUACAGUUCCAAAAUAUAAGAUAAAAAACAAAUAAAAUAAAACCUACACACAGCAACAGUGUUUUGUGUUGUAUAGGCUCCUAUUUGAUAUGUGCAAAUGGCUUUAGAUACCUAUUAGGUCCAUAAAUUAUCAUAUAGCAUAUAUUCAACACAAAAAACAGCUACAAUUGGUUGUUGACAAAGGACAGCUGGACAUAUAAAGGGCCCCAUUACCUUCAGUAGCUUAGGGCCUCAUCAAACCUAAAUCUGGCCCUGGGCGGUGUGGCAGUGGCAUAACAAGCAGUGCAGACUCCCUGUGCCAGCCCUGCCUAUCCCCUUACUGGGAUCUUGAUCCUCACACUUCCUAUUUGUUCCCCACCCCUGUUGCAGGAUCAGAGUUGAAAGGGACCACAGAGCUCAUUAAGGCAAACCCCCAUUCAGUGCAAGAACUACAAUGCAGGAUGCAACUAUGGUGUCCCUGACAGGUGUCCAUCUAGCCUCUGAUUAAACAGAGAGCACACCACUGCCUGAGGCUGUUUCACUGCCAACCACAUCUGCCGGUUAGGAAGUUUCUCAAAAUACUUACUUACUUAGACAAUAUCAUAUAUAUUACUUAUAUUUUAGGAGGUGGGAGAACCUCCAAGCAGUUUACAAUGCAUUUUAAAGGCAUCAUGUACAAACAACGUAUUUUUAUGUUUCACAGAAAAUUACUGUCCUGCAGUUUCCACUCAGCGAUAACCAACAGGGUUUUCUUAGUUUGGGUGGCCUAGCCAUUUCUAAAUGCUCCCUCUAAAACCCAGCAGAGAAAGCUGCUGUAUGAUAAAUUAUGCAAUCCUAGCAAAAUUCCAAUGUAGGCAAAGACAUGCCAUCCAUCCUUUAAAAAAACGACAAAAGAGCUUUGCACUCUCUUUUAAAUUAAAUACUAAAUUUUCUCUUCUUGUCCUAUGCUCCUAAUUUUCAACAUUCUUAUAUUUUCCAAAAUUCUGUAUUCCUAACCCUUGCCCUUAUUGUCAUAUUACAAGCUAAUGGUGUACAACCAGUAAGGUUGGGGGAGAAACUUGGUUUUCUGCAAACCUACCUUAUUUGCACGCAAACCAAAAUACAUCCUGUCCUUUGAAAUUCACACUUUUUUGUGUUUUGAGAUGCUGUCCUCUGUGUGUACAGAAUUGCAUAUAUAAGGGGAAAGCAUAUAUUAGUUAAAAUAACAUAUUAAAAUGCAUUAUAUUGCAGAAAAAAUAUUGCAAAGAUGGGUGUAUUUGGAGAAAUAUGUACAGGAGUUUUGGGAAUUUUCUUUUUACAAAAAGUAAGAGAAACUGAACUUGACUGACUUGUCCAUCUGUAGUGAUGGAAAAAAUUGUGCUUUAAGGACUGUGUGCAGACUAGCUUUUCAGACCACUAAAAGCAGUCAUACAGUGAGCUUCUAUUACGUAUGUUCAUUUCCCACCCCCAGGAAGCAUGAAGCACAAGAGCAUGGUCUCUGGUUAAACUUUUGCAGGUUUCUCCAAAAUACAUUUUGACAUUUGGGUGUGACUGUCAGAGGCCGCUUUUGCAAGGUGGCUACGGUAAGGAAAUCAGUCCUCUCCUCACCCACAGACCUCCACCCACCAUGGAGCUAGUUGUUGUUGUUGUUGUUACAGCUGCUGCUGCUGUGCUUCCAAGAUUCCUGCACUGAUCAGCUGGAUUAGGUGGCAUCCAAGGUCCCUUCCCAAUUCCAAAAUUCUAUGAAAUUGUGUUUUGAAGAAUAGGAAAGCAGUGCAGCACAUUCUCUUUCUCGCAGUAAUGCACCAACAGCCAGGGAGCUUGCUCACUUGUUUGUUUCUGAACUUUCUUUCAGAAGUGAAUUUGAUUCUAGUUACAGUGGUGCCUCGCAAGACGAAAUUAAUCCGUUCUGCGAGUCUCUUCAUCUUGCGGUUUUUUCGUCUUGCGAAGCAUGGCUAUUAGCGGCUAUUAACGGCUUAGCGGCUUAGCGGCUAUUAACAGCUUAGCGGAUUUAAGAAAAAGGAAACAAACUCGCAAGAACUCGCAAGACGUUCCGUCUUGCGAAGCAAGCCCAUAGGGAAAUUCGUCUAGCGAGUUUUUCAUCUUGCGAGGCAUUCGUCUUGCGGGGCACCACGGUAUUUUCGACCUCCCCACUCCACCCCUCUGCCAUCACUCUCAGUUAUGUGGAUUCCCCACCCCCAGGAAACUGAUGUAAUUAGAAGCAACAAAGUACCUUGUGACAUCGACAAGCAGAUUUACUGUGACACAAACUUUUGAGGACUGUGAGAUCCGCUUCAUUAGAAGCACGAAGUGCAUGUGUAUUUGAGUAUGUUGGAGCUCUAAAACAAGAUUAAUACGGUUUCCAGUCACAACAGCAACGGCUGCAAGCGCUGUUCAGAUUCAUUGCAGGCUGGAAUUAAGAAUUAGGAUGAAAAUGAAUUUGUUGUUGUUGUUGUUUAGUCGUUUAGUCGUGUCCGACUCUUUGUGACCCCAUGGACCAGAGCACGCCAGGCACUCCUGUCUUCCACUGCCUCCCGCAGUUUGGUCAAACUCAUGCUGGUAGCUUCGAGAACACUGUCCAACCAUCUCGUCCUCUGUCGUCCCCUUCUCCUUGUGCCCUCCAUCUUUCCCAACAUAAGGGUCUUUUCCAGGGAGUCUUCUCUUCUCAUGAGGUGGCCAAAGUAUUGGAGCCUCAGCUUCACGAUCUGUCCUUCCAGUGAGCACUUCCAGUGAGCACUAUUCAUGAAAAUGAAUAGGCCUCCUUUUCUUCCUGACACAUGCAGAUGGUGCUCCCUCUUCAUUGCUUUGGGGACCACCUGCUCUCGUAUCAUAGAAUAAACGAAUCUUAGAAUUGUCGAGUUGGAAGGGAUCCUGAGGGUCAUCUAGUCCAACCCCCUGCAGUGAAGAAAUAUGAAUCUCCUUGCACUCUUAAAUCUUCUGGGGAUGUUCUGCCUGCUUCAUGUGGCACUACAACAAGCCAUAUUUCUCUAGACUUUGUAAGGAAGACUCCAGUAACAUCUUAGAAACAUAAAUAAUAAAACAGCUCUGAUCAAGCUAGCAAGGCUGGAUCAAGACCCAAGCCUUGAGGAAAGUGGCUCCCAACAUGCUUCAGAAAUGAUUUUCCAAGAACAGCCUAAGUCAAGGUGGGCAGAAGAUAUAUUGGGAUCUACAAUUUGAUCUCCAGGUAGUUUGCAGCAGGCUGGCAGGAAUUUCUGUCAGUCAGUCCCAAUUCUAACAACAACAAAAUGAUGCGCACACUCUAAAUUAGGCUGCUGGGAUGAACAAAGCUUGGGGUAACUAGGAAUGGGUUUUUGUGUGAGGUCAGCUUAGUUCCAGUACUUACAACAAAUCCUUUGCUCAGGGACUACUCAGGGGCUCUAAGUCCCACUAGACUGAAGUCUGUCUUUUCCUGGCUUAACUUAUCCGGCAGAAGCCUGAAAACUUCCCAUCAGCAAAUAGCUCAUAUCUUAACCUCUUUCAGGCUGGAAAACUAAGCCUCGUUGUAAAUUCUUUGAGAGAAGGGGUUUUUUUUGGAGGUGGGGGGUGGAAUUGCCACAGUACCAAGUAUCUCGACUAAUUCAUACAGCGCAUCACAACGGGCAAAUGAUAUUGUUAUGGCAGCAAGCUCUCAAGUUGUACAAAGCUGCUGUUCAGGCGAGAAGUUAGUUUUGUGGCCCUCGCAAGCUUGCUUCCCUAUCAGAAAUGUUGGUCCAGUAACAGAAAUCAUUUGAACCAUUUCAGAGCCUCCUUUGACCCCUGCAAUGUUUGUCGGAUAAAAAUGAGGACCCUGGUUGUUAUGCAUUACAUGAAGACAUAACUUUUCCCGUAGAUUGCCAUGGAGUGGCGAGAUUGUAAAAAACUUUAAUUUCAAAAUGUGCAGCUUCCUAUCACCUAGAAGACAUGUUUAUUUAACAUUUAGAUAUCAUAUUUUUAAAUAUUAUGUUUCAUACAAAUAAAUACAACAUGCAUUAUAUGCUAGCAAAACAAUAAAAUGGCACAAAGCUGUGCGUGUUUGUUUUGUGGGGUAGUGUCUUGGAAAUAGAGGAAAUGUUAUGAUUUAUUAUACAAACCUCUUUAUCUUUCUGUAUUUUCCUGGUAAAAAGGUAAAGGUACCAGUACUGUAUUAUUAGAUUACUUGGUGCAAUCAUUUGCUUAAUUUCUAGAUUAAAGAGUUCAGAUGUAAUGGAGCUGGCUAUCAGGAUUUCAGUUUUGCCAGCGAAACCCUCCCUAACUUCCUCUGUUGCCUGCCGUCUUCAAUUGCAUCUUCACCAUCCUGAUGCUUAUUGGUAAACAGGUGUAAAAUUGCAUGAGCUGUUGUGGGUGGGGAGACAGGCAAAUAUCCCCCCCCACACAAGCAGCUAGGGCCGCCUCCGCUUUCCAUGCCACAGGGAUGGCAUCACAACCUAUUGAUACUAGAUCAGCAGGAGCUCAAGAACAGUAGUCAAGGGAAAAUGAAUGGGUUUUGAAUCUUCUGUAAGAGCCCAAUAUGCCAUAACAAAUCUGUACAGAAAGGAGUGAGUGUUGGGUUAGCCAUCAUAAUGGAACUGCCAACUCAAAGCUAGUGAGAAGUAUUGGUCCCAGAAGGAGUAAAUUAUUGGGAGUAUUGGCACUCGUGUAUCUAGCACCACCAGUAUAUGUGGUGUUUUUCAGUGCUGAAUAAAAAUAAAAGGGCCCUGCCCCAAGGACCUUACAGUCAUAGGUUUUGACAGUGAGAGAGACAAUUAGGGGAAGGGAAGAAGGACAGAGGCAAAGAUAAGAGGACUAAUAUGAAAUGUCCAUAUUGCAGGGAUUCAGUUGAUCUGAUUCCUUAAUUUGUUCCCAUAGAUCAGUGGCUCUCAAAGGGUGUGUUGUGCCAUACUGGUGUGGCAAGAGAGGAUGGCAUGUGCGGCAGGAAGAGUGAAGACAAUCAAUAUUAUAUUUUGGGAAUGAUUCAUGUACUUACGUAGCAGCAUUGCUUUGUAUUUUCUGGAUGUCUCACGAUCAUAUUAUAAAGUAGUUGCAUUCUAUGUUAUAAAUCAAGCGCUGCUAGGAGUUGAUUCUUUUUGUUUUCCAAUGCAUUUCUCAUCAAUUAAAAAUUAGGUCUGGCGCAAGCAAAUUUUUAUUCCGAAAGUGUGGCCCAAAGAAAAAAAAGUUUGAGAACCACUGCCAUGGAUACUGAAUUGAAAUUUUAUUUAUGAGUUGUUACAGCAUUGCUUUUUGUUUGGUUUGCUGCCUGAUAUUAUCGUAUUGAUUUUUGGUAUUGUUGUAUUUAUUUUGGUAUGCUAUGAGCUUCCCUUUGGAAGGAAAAGCGGGCUGCAAAGAUUGAACUUGGAUUAAGAUGUCACCUCUGCCGGAGCUCAUCAAGCAGCCCAAGGCAAGUUGCUCUGUCAGCCUGAACCGCCUGCCCUGUUGGGAUAAUAAUGCUUUGUAGGGCCUGCCCUUGUAAUUUCCUGCUUCGAUCUGAACCCAUUCCCAAUUGUUUCACAGUUGCCCUCCCUGUCUCCCCUUUGAACAGACACCUCCCCUUCUGAAGCAGCAAACCUCAAUGCGCCCAACAGCAUCGGGGCCAGUGCGUUGUGUGCCAUUUGCGGAGAUCGUGCAACGGGGAAACACUAUGGGGCCUCCAGCUGUGACGGCUGCAAAGGGUUUUUCAGGAGAAGCGUCAGAAAGAAUCACAUGUAUUCCUGCAGGUAAAGGGGGGAAGGUGGGGGCAGCGGGAUGUUACCGGAUAGAUCCUUAAAAUAUGUGAGACAGCCCAGCUUGGGUUGACAGGUUAUAACCAAGGGAAUGAGAACUUAUCUAUAAGUGCUACAAGGAACUGGAAUGCAAGAGACAGAGCAAUCCCACAGGUUUCCUUGGAAAAAAGGGCUCAUCCAGACUUUUUGUGCUGUGUUUCUAGGCACUUUAAAGCACCGUGUCGUAGUGUUCUUGUUUUUUGCCAUUGCGCUUUCCCUGUGAAAACACACUCUCUACUGCUGAACUGAAGCAGAUGGAAAUCUACAGAAACUCGAAUUGCCAUUUGUUCCGAUUCAGUGUUAAAGAGCAGGUUUUCCCGGGUAAAGUGUCAAGGCAAAAAAAGCGACCAGACAGUAAAACAGAGACCUGUCAGUAUGUGUGGAUGCAGCACUGCAGCCUUAAUUCCUAGUGUUCAUGCCCAGUUCCCCCCUCUGUCCUUUAUUCCCCACUUCUCUCUUCUUUGCAGUAGAAGGUAGUGGAGUCCUGCUCAUUAGGGCAGGAGAAAAAAGAGGAAGGUGGCUGAAAGGAUUGGUGAGGAAUAGAGGCAGCAGCAGCUGGAUCUACAUUACCUCUCACUUUAUCCAUACAUUUAAAGGGACAGGCUCAUUCCUUAGGUUGCAACCUGUCCUACUUAACCUUACUGUUUUUUCUCCCUGCCUGUCAUUCCAGUUACCCUUUCAUGUCGCAUUAAUAUGCUGCUUUUUGUACAUGUGUUGAGCACUCCACAAAAUUGCAGCAGCAGAGGAAUCAUUUCAGAGUCAGGGCUUGCCCACACUUGUCCUGUGCUUUCUAGGCCUGGGUCCAAGCAGUUUUGCCUCUGCCCUGUUGUUUUCUCCCGGAAAACCCUCUUUUUUAGCGCUAAAUCAGAGCAAGUAUCAAUCAGGAGAAACCCCUGACUCAUUGGUAAACAGCAAGUUUCCCCAGGGGGGAAGCAGAAGUGUGGGUGAUUCCUUAGUCCUGGUAACUCUUGGUCUAGUAAGUUUCAUGCUUUGGAGCAGGGAUUAUCUUGGUUUUUUUGCACAUGUGAUAAGAUCCGAUUCAGCGGGUAAUGGCCGCUUACCAUACCUCCUCGGUGACCGGUUCUUGUGGCCCGGCUGCUCGGAUGCUGACGCGCCAUUUUGAGUGCUGCACGUCUCCCUCGACCGCCAUUGGAGGCGCACAGGUUCCCGCAAAACCUGCUGAUUCAAAUGAGCCAAACUGCAGCGGCCUUGGGGGGGCGUGGCUUGAUGAACGGACCUGAGGGAGGCAGGCUUCACUCUGGUCUGCUCGGCCACUAUAAUUCCUGGCCGACCCUGCCCUCCUCAUCCAGUCAGCCAGGAGCGUCACUCACCCUUCUCCCUCCCUUCAUUCCAGUUGUUUGGUGCUUUAACCAAUUCCUUUUCAGCUAGGAGGGCUUCGCUGUGGUCUUUUGACAGUCUUCAUAUUCGGGGUCAGGAAGGAAUUUUUCCUGCACUUCCCUUUUUCCCCUGUGGCGACGAUAACAGGGUACCCCGUUAGAGGGGUCUGGAGGGAAGUCUCUGUCCAAAAAGCCAGUUGCAUAGGGCUAGUGAGCCAUAGAGCUUCCCUCAGCAUUUGGGGCCCAUCCACUUAAACUUGCGUUUUGCAAAUAGACCCUGUCAUGUCUCAGACCCAGCAGCCGGGGGCCAGGGGUUGAGAGGGAUACACACCCAGUGCCUAUGCCAAGACUCCCUACAUCUGAAAUCAAUAAAGUUAUGGCCAUUUUAAAUCCCAGACGGUUGUCUUGUCCAUUUAUUUUAUCCCUCCCUUUUUUGCUGUGAGUGUGGGGGGCAGGCCCUCUACAGCUGGGCACGCAAUAUCUGAUUUUAGCAAGGCACAGCCACGGAACAAUGAGAGAAGUUCUCAGCUCCAGGGGAAUUAAUCAGUACAGAGUAUGAUCAAAAUUCAGUUCAAGCCAAAGUGUAGAUGAGCCCAGAGUUACUAUCGUUUUCCUGCUUAUUCAUUCCUUGGGGUGCUGAUCAGUCCUAGGGCAAUUAUAGCGCCUAAUUCAAGUCACCCUCUUAAGUCUCUGAAUGGUGUUUCCCUUUUAAACUCAUGAUUCUAUCUCCUUCCUCCCCCCCCCCCCGCCAGGUUUAACAGGCAGUGUGUUGUAGACAAGGACAAAAGAAACCAAUGUCGAUACUGCAGGCUAAAGAAAUGUUUUCGAGCAGGAAUGAAGAAAGAAGGUGAGGUCUUUUUGUGUGUCACUGACUGUAGCUUUCCUCUUAUUGUGUGCCCAAACUGCAGGCAGCGUAGUCUGUAAACCAGCCAUGUAGGUCACUGGGUUAUGAAACAAAUGCCUACUCCUUUCCCUACACGUCUUUGCAGUCCCACACCUGCUUAACUUCUGCAGUGCUGCAGCACCAGGUUCUCAGACCAUUUGCUGUGCCAGCUGCUGCUCAGUUUUCAACAAAACCUGAAGGCAAGAUAGCAGUUUUUCUCCUUGAUGCUACACUAGCGUUUGACCUAUUCAACAACUAUUGAUCAGCAAAUGAAUAGUUUUCUUUAGGGGUGGGGAAACCUAUUUCCCUGCUCACUACCAUCAUCCAGCAUAUUACAAACUGAGCCUCCAAACCAACUGAGACAAUAACAUCCAUGCCAGUUCGCACCUGAAGGGAUUGUUAUGCAAUUCCAAUAGAAGCUCCCCAAAUCACUGUUUCAACCUUUGUCAACUUCUGAGGAUGCGGGGUGGGGAGCAUGCAAUAUUUUGGGAUAUAUAUCAACUCACUUCUCGAGAGGAAGUGGACUGUUGUGGGAAUUACUAAUAUGGUGCAGAAGAAGUGGUUUGAACAUUUGAUAUCUACUAUAUAAAAAGUUCCAAGUAUAAUUUUUCAUUAUUUAUUAAAUUUUUAAUACUGCCCUUCAUCCGAAGAUCACAGUGCGGUUCACAACGUAUUCAGGAUUAGGAAUGGAAGAAAGAAACUACUUCUUCACACAGUGCAUAGUUCAGAUGUAGAAUUCGCUCCCAUGAAAUGCAAUGAAGUCCAUCUUAGAUGCUUUAAAAGGACAGCUCUAUGCUUCUUCCUGGGAACAGAGCCUAGGACUUGCCGAUCAGAAGGUUGGCGGUUCGAAUCCCCGCAACGGGGUGAGCUCCCAUUGCUCGGUCCCUGCUCCUGCCAACCUAGCAGUUUGAAAGCACGUCAAAGUGCAAGUAGAUAAAUAGGUACCGCUCCGGUGGAAAGGUAAACGGUGUUUCCGUGUGCUGCUCUGGUUCGCCAGAAGCGGCUUAGUCAUGCUGGCCACAUGACCUGGAAGCUGUACGCCGGCUCCCUCGGCCAGUAAAGUGAGAUGAGUGCUGCAACCCCAGAGUUGUCCACGACUGGACCUAAUGGUCAGGGGUCCCUUUACCUGUUACCAUUGUGGAGCAAUAGUAGGAGACUGCUGUUCCUCGCAUGUCCUCCUUGUGGCCUCACCAAAGACAUUUGGUUGCCCGCUACAAGAAACAGGAUGCUGAACUAGUUAGUCUUCGGUCUGCCCCAACAGAGCUCUUUUUAUUUUGUUAUGAUUCUGGCCCAAAUGCACCUGAUAAAGGGGGCUCUGUCUUGCAAAAGCUUAUGCCGUAAUAAAUACGUUAGUUCUUUCACAAGCCACAAGGUACUUUUUUUUGGCACAGUUUUUGUGCUUUAGAUUGGGCCCCAGUCCAUAAAAUGGUUAGGCUGAAAUAAAUCUGUCUUGUCUUAAAGGUGCCAGGAGGCUCUCUUGUCACUUUUUCUGCAACAGACUAAUGUCAUUAACCCCAAACCCUGGAGAUUCAUGUUCCUUCCACAACAUUAGUUAUUAUAGUUGCAUCAGUGGGUUCGAGCAUUACUGUGGUUUGUGCAAAGGACUGGGGAAUUUUCUCUUUUCUCUCUGGAGUGCCUACUCAACUUGUAUUUGCCUGUUAAUAUUCAAUAGAAGUUACAUUAGGUCCGUGACCAGCUAAAUACUGAGUAAACAUUCAGACUACAUCAUGCCGUGACAGAGCUGCGUGGAUCCCGAUAACGCAUGGCGUAACCUUGAGCGCCUCUGUUAACAGCCGCUGACUGCAGGCUUUUAAUUUCAGCACAGCCUCAUUAUAGCCGUAUUAUCAAGCAGAAUGAUAUGACUAGGAAAUAAAUCUGGAGAGGCACAGGUGUAACCGUAACAAUCAGAUAUUGUUUGAUAUCUCCAUUAAUUGUGGAGUUAUCAUAGGGGAUAGUUUAGGCAACUCCAUGACUCGGCAAACUUGGCUAACCUCCCAGGAAGUCGCAAGUGGACUACGUGUCUUAAAAGAUCCUAGAACACAGUUCCCUGGUGUGCUUAAAAUGAUCAAAACAUUCUGGAACACUUAAAAAGGAAGUGGUGCUUGGAGUUUAUUGAUUUAGGAAAGAAAGCCGACUAUGGUCACAUCCACAUUUAAAGCACAUGGCUUUCCCCAAAGAGUCCUGGGAACUGCAGUUUCUUAAGGAUGAUGUAGCUCUGUGAGGGGUAAAUUAUGGUUCCCAUGAUUCUUUGGUUGGGGUACCAUGUGCAUUAAAUGAAUGGCUUGAAAGUGACCAUAGCGUGGAGAUGGCAGAAGUUUACAACAUAGCGUGCAGCUCUUUUAAACUAAAGAACUCAAAUACCUGAAGACAAUUCCCAUUGAGUUGACUUCCUUAGAAUAAGGGCAUGCAUUUAUCUGGAUGUUUCAUACAUAUAUUCCAUUCUUUUACUUUUACCCACUUUAAAUCGCUCUUGGGAUAGGGCAGAUGAUGGCAUCGCCACCAUCACCCCCUGCGUUUCCUUUGCACUUUUCCAAACUACAGAAAUUAAAAUCUAGAAUCCUAGAAGUGUAGAGUUGGAAGGGACCACGAGGAUCAUCUAGUCCAACCCUCUGCAAUGCAGGAAUCUUUUGCUUAAUGUGGGAUUCAACCCUGAGAUGAAGAGUCUUAUGCUCUACCAAUUGAGCUUUCCCAUGUUAUGUUAUAUUAAAAUGUUAUUAUGUUGCAUAAAAGCAAUGACAAAAGUGUAUGAGGUGAUGACAGCUUCUUGCUUUGUCUUGUGCUUCUGAUAGUAAUCCGGAGUGUUUUGCAUUUUCAUUUUUGGGAUUGUUUUUUGUUUGUUUUGGUUUUGCAGCUGUACAGAACGAACGCGACCGAAUCAGUACUCGGAGAUCCAGCUACGAAGACAGCAGCUUGCCGUCCAUUAACGUUUUACUGCAAGCAGAAGUUCUCUCACAACAGGUACGUCUUCUAUUUUAGAAUGUAGAGAAAUAAUAAUCAUUUUAGUCUUCUUUCCAGCUCGGGGGUGCCUCCAGACCACCAGUAUUUUGUGGGACGGAUUCAAACACAUACCCAGAUAUUAGUUUUGCAAUGUUAAAGUGGAUUAAAGGGCUCUGUUGCCCCAGCAGAACAAACCUGCUUUCAAAAAUGGGACUUUUCUUGGUUGGGAAAGUGGAGUGGAAAUACAUGGGAAACUGUGGGAUGAAUGAAUGAUUAAUGGCAAGAUGUAAAAACACCUUGCAAACAAAUCAGGAUGAAUGCUCUUUGUUAUAUAACCUCCCCGUAAAACCAAUUGGAAUGAGUGCUCUAUAAAGGCCAGAUGUAGUCUAGUCACCAUGUAAGCCAGGCUUCCUCAAACUCAGCCCUCCAGAUGUUUUUGGCCUACAACUCCCAGGAUCCCUAGCUAGCAGGACCAGUGGUCAAGGAUGAUGGGAAUUGUACAGUGGUGCCUCGCAAGACGAAAUUAAUCCGUUCCGCGAGUCUCUUCGUCUUGCGGUUUUUUCGUCUUGCGAAGCACGGCUAUUAGCGGCUUAGCGGCUAUUAGCGGCUUAGCCGCUAUUAAUGGCUUAGCGGCUUUAAGAAAAAGGAAACAAACUCGCAAGAACUCGCAAGACGUUUCUUCUUGCGAAGCAAGCCCAUAGGGAAAUUCAUCUUGUGGAACGACUCAAAAAACGGAAAACUGUUUCGUCUAGCGAGUUUUUCGUCUUGUGAGGCAUUCGUCUUUCGGGGCACCACUGUAGUCCCAAAACAUCUGGAGGGCCAGGUUUGCCUAUGCCUGCAGUUUAGUUUACUUCUUAAUAAACAAGCAUUGAGUUGCACGGUUUAGUCUCUGGUCAGACAGCUUCCAGUUUGAUGGAUUGCAGAUGACAGAGGGAAUACCCAACAGAUCAACACAGUACUCGUACAACCACGUUUGCCAUCUCAGUCAUAGCAUCGCAUAUGCUGUCAACAGCUUCCUAGGUGCAAAAUGCUGCCUUGAGGAGUCCGAGAAAAUGUAACAGAAGUGUCGCUUCAAGGGAAGGAAGGUGCUUAGCUCGUGUGAAACAAAUAACAACUGUGCAUUGACUGCACCAAAAAUAUGAACUCUGGGAAAGGCCCCCAAACUGGGCAGAUACCGAUGAGGGACUUCUUCCCCAUUGGCCUGGGGUCAUCCAGGAUCAGUAUUAUUGUAUUAAAUCUUGCAGGUUCACUAUAUUAAACAGCCAGGUUUUUGUUUGUUGCAAAGACUGUAAGAGAGAAUAGUUGGGUGCACUCUUCCCACCUUGGAUCAAAUCUAUGCUUCCAGGUGCCAUAAGAAAGCCGCAGAGAUAGUGCAGGACAGUGCGCACCCCAGAAAUGAUCUCUUUCAGCUUCUGCCUUCUGGAAAAAGGUACAGGGUUAUAAAGACUAGGAGUAGCCUCCUGAGAAACAGUUUCUAUUCAAUUUGCGAUUUUGGUUUUAAACACAGUGUAAGGUAGUCUCUCGCGGGUGGCGCUAUGGGUUAAAGCCUCAGCGCCUAGGACUUGCCGAUCAAAAGGUCAGUGGUUCGAAUCCCCGCGGCGGGGUGCGCUCCUGUCACUCGGUCCCAGCGCCUGCCAACCUAGCAGUUCGAAAGCACCCUCGGGUGCAAGUAGAUAAAUAGGGACCGCUUACUAGCGGGAACGUAAACGGUGUUCCGUGUGCUGCGCUGGCUCGCCAGAUGCAGCUUGUCACACUGGCCACGUGACCCGGAAGUGUCUGCGGACAGCGCUGGCUCCCGGCCUAUAGAGUGAGAUGAGCGCGCAACCCUAGAGUCUGUCAAGACUGGCCCGUACGGGCAGGGGUACCUUUACCUUUUUAAGGUAGUCUCUAUGGGAGUAUAUUGUAUUAAUUAAGGGGUAUCAGAGUUUUGAGGGAGCUAACCAGGCUGGGAUAGCAGGCUUGUUGGUUUUUGAAUGUCUGAUGUAGAUUUUUCAAUUUCGUUGUUCUGUAUGGGACAAUGACAAUAAAGAUUAUCGUAUCGUAUCGUAAAGCAUUGCUUAUUUGAUGACAUUUCUAGAGUUGCCAAGAUUGCAGCAGAUAAAACUGCUUGGGACAGAUUAAGGUGGUGCUGGAGAUUGCUUUCUUGGUUGUUUUGGAGCCACAUUUCUUUCCCAAAUGGAAUUGGGAUCUUUGCAUUAACAUGGGAGGAGGAAUAGCACACAUAUGGUCCUGGGAGAGCAAGGAAGGAGGAGAGAACAAGCAAAUGAAAUAGCUGACAGGAAGAGAACAGUUGACUGGGGAGGAUGACUUGGAUUUCAGUGUGUUUUGUGGGGGUUGCAAACCAUGCAUGCAGGUGGACUUCUUUGUUGCAAACACAUUGAAAAAGGGCAUUAUUAUUCACUGAGAUUGAUACUCAGCACUUUUUAAUGUAUUUAUCAUAAGAUGCAUCUUCACACUCCCCUGAUGGCCACUUUGCACAGUGCUUUCUCUGUCACUCAACUCCCUUCUUUCUCUCACCGGCUGAUGGAUCUCAGGGCUCUAGGGAAAACCAAAGCAGAUUGUGCAAUCCUGAAUUCUACCCACCCCUACUCUAAAUACUGAACUAUAUUGGCUCGUAUCUGGGUAUUUGCUGCUCAGGACUAGCCAGGAUUGGAAGGCACCCAACAGGGAGGAAGCAUAGCCCAAAGCAUCCGUCUAGAACUUGAAUUGCACUUCUGGUUCCCAUCAUAAAAGCAGAUCUGUACAUCACGUGCAUGACUUUAUAGCUCAUCACUGUAGAAGUUAUGGCUCAACUGGUUCCCUGCUGAAUGUGAACUGCCUCUGCUGGGAAGCAUUGUGUAUCAGUGAUGCAAACAAAUGUUAUGCAGGCUCUGUCUGCAAUCUUCAGCAGCCAUUUCACAAACACAACACACAUCAUCACUGGAUGCUGUGCUGUGCUCAUCAACUGAGAAACAUUUCUGUGUGAACUUCCCUUUAGGACCAUCUAGAAGUGCUCCAAGAACAUUUGGCUUUAAGAUGUUGCAACCGGAGCCAAAUCCCAAACAGAUGAAUGCAGCGGCAUUUCAGUUUAAAUGGGUUUAGCAUUAGAGCAGGGAUGUGACCUUCCAGAUAUUGGCUAGACUUCAACUUCAACCACCUGUCAUCCACCUUGGCCAUGCAGGCCAUGGCUUCCUCAUCCCACCUUUCCAUCUCUUAUUUGCUGGCCACAAGGCUAGCUAGCAGAGUAUUUUGAAGAAAUAGGGAGAUGGGGGAGAGGAAAUCUAAAACCUAGCUUGUUUGUGGAUCAUGGUAUUUGAUGGAGAACGGAUUUGACCUUGGUUAGAGGGCAUGAGCCUUUGCAAUUCUGCAGCAAAAACAUAGCAAACUCUACAGCAAAAAAGAAAGGUGUUACAGUUUCUCACAUAAAUUUGUCGCACAGAUUUCGAUUAUUAUUUGGUCGUUUGUGCAGCUUCCUUACAGCUUACCUCUCCCUCUCCCUCUGAGCAAUGUUAGGUAAAACCUCUUUCUCCCCCCUGCAGAUAUCAUCGUCACCAAUUUCAGUGAUCAAUGGUGAUAUCAGAGGGAAGAAGAUCGCGAAUAUUGCAGACGUCUGCGAGUCCAUGAAGCAGCAGUUGCUAGUGCUAGUGGAGUGGGCCAAGUACAUCCCGGCCUUCUGUGAGCUUCCUCUGGAUGAUCAGGUGAGUCCUAUUUAUCCUAGCUGAAACUAAACGUUGGUUUUCCUGUUCCAUUUCUAAUAAUUCAGUGCAAGGCCCAUUGUGAAUGACUGUGGCGGAGUUAUCCGUGUCCAGGAAAGGGUGCAGCUAUUGUACAACCUAAGUUGAUAAAAUACUUACGAACUGUGACUCACGGGGGCUGCAUGCACGUCAAAGCUGAACUAAUGCAGAACCAGCCCUUGAAAAUGACUGAUGCAAACAAGCUGUGAGGCAAGCAGACAUUGUCGAGUAUUUGGGCUGCAAGGAUUACGUCCUUACUGCCAGCGGUGCCUGCAUUUACAGUUGCACAGCAGAGCAAAGUGGGUUGAUAGGGGCCCCCAUUUUGUUUUGAAAGCUGUGUCCAUUUAACAUCAGGGUACCUUUAAAUCAGAACUCUGUUUGGACAGAUUUCCUUUCCUUAAGUUCGUUCCUUCCCAGUGGUGAGAUCUAAACCUCCAGAAAAUAACGUUCUCUCCUCUUUCCUCCAGCUCUUUCAUCGCAAGAUAUUUCUUCAUGUUUGUUCAGUGUAUACAGAUGGGCCCAUCCCUAUAAAGACACCCUUUCCCAAAUCCUUUGGUUAAUGUUUAGUGGUUGUUUGCUGCACAGCUGAAGUCCCGGUUGGACAUUAAGAAGCAUCCAUGCCACACUGCGUCUUAGUAUUAACCUUAGUUUCCACAGAUUUCUUCUUUUAAAAAACAGAAGUGGGACAGGAGAUACAGAACAUUCUUGAGGAUCACUGAAGGGCAUAAAGUGACAGAAUGCAAUCAUUAACAACAGAGCAAGAGUAGAGGGUUUAAGAGAAAAAGAACAACCACGGGUUGCUCAUCACAGCAAGAUGUCCACAGUCAGCAGAGAAAUUAAUUACAAUGCUAGACUUGGGGAAAGUAGUCCAACAUGUGGCCAUUUGAGCGACCUUAUGGCUCCCUUAGAGAGCCCUAAUGUCACUGGAUCCCAACCUCUGGAUUGGAGGGCCAGCAUUAUUUUACUUGUUUACGAACUAGGCACAAUCCACCUUCACCUUUGCACAUGUGUGCCCUCAGCGUAGGAUCAGCGUAGGGCUCAAGAGAGCAUUCUUUCCCCCUCUGCUAUAGGCUCAGGCUCCCUGGACCCUGGGAACAAGCUUGCAAAGGGGGUGGUUGAGCACCUCUCACUUACGCAUCUGCCUGCUGCUCUGUUCCGGGGGCCUUUGUUCCAACCAGUUAUUCCUGCUCUGAGAGCUCUGGUCCCCAAACAUCCUAGCACUGAGUGAGGAAGGUGGCUAUCUAUCAUUGUUAUGUUAGUCUUCAACCUCCACUACCUUGCGGGAUAUCUCCGGCAGAAGAAAAGGCUAAGGAGUAAGCCCUGCACAAAUCCAGAGUAGAGUCCGUAAGACGGUUGGAUGGCGCUUUGUAUGCCUCCUUCUGGCAACUCCAGCAGCCAAGCUGGUGCCAAACGUAUUGCUCUGCUUUCCUUUGGACCAUAUCAGUGAGGUGGGGUGUGUGUGUCUUGUCAUCUAGGCAGCCUAGGAUCUCCAUACACACUGCCCAGGCUUACGCCCAGGGGAGGGCACUUCAGUGCUGCUAAUGCGGCAGAUUGACUUCACCCCUGGAGGUGCACUCCAUUGCCUGAGACAGACGGGUGCCAACAACAACUAGUCCCCAGAAGCUGAUGAAAAAUCAGGCCACGUUACCGAGCAAUUUAGAGGUCCCCCCCCCAUCCUGUUGAACAUGAGACAUACUAUGCCAGUUCCUGAAAAACAGAAGGGUGAGUACUUCCCAUGUGGGAAUUUACAGGAAGUGCUCACCAGCCUACUGUUGUAAGUGAUGCCUGGGAUGCUUGUGUAGGCAAACAUCAGCAGAGAAAGAGGAAGGAGCUAAGAAGACUUCAGUUCCACAGGAAUUGCUAUUCCUCCGUGUCGUGUUCCCGCCGAUAGAAAACAAAUUCCCUUAUGGGUCAUGACGUUAGAUGCCUGGCUUAUAUUGUGAUCCUUUCAAUCAUGUGGUCUUCAAAGGAGUAGUUCAGCAAGCUGCAAUUUCUGCGCUCUUCUUCUGUAGGUGAUCAUCUCUCUGUCUCCCUCUGCCCUGCCAUCUGUCCUCCUCUUGCAUCAGCCCUCUAAUAAUAGUCCUUUGUUCCUCCAGGUGGCUUUGCUACGGGCCCAUGCAGGGGAGCACCUGCUACUGGGAGCCGCCAAGAGGUCGAUGGUGUUCAAAGACAUCUUACUCCUAGGUAAAAUUGCAUCGUAUAACAACAUGCCUCCCAUCUCCUCCUGUUAAAAAUACUGUAUUGUAUUGCUUUUUUUCAGCGUGGGGGUUUGGAAGGAAGCAGGCAAUGUACUGUAUUUUUCCAUGUAUAACAUGCCCCCUUGUAUAAGACGCCCCCAAUUUUUUGGGACUCAAAAUUGAGAAAAUGCACUAUGCACUGUCUGUGUAUAAGACGACCCCUUAUUUUAAACUUCAAAAAUUUAGGGGAAAAUAUAGUCUUAUACACGGAAAAAUACGGUAAUCUGUCAGGUUUCUUUGUCACCUACCACAGGGGUGGGAAACCUCAGUUUCAGGGGCCAAAUGCCCUCUCUGUUUGGCCCUUGGAACUCUCCUCAGGCCACACACCCUCCUGAGUCACACCCCGCACCAGCCCUGUUUUGUACCGCCCCCUUGGAUGUUUUUGCCAGGCAGGAAUGUGUCAUUGAACUCUGAUAAUGCUUCUUGCUUGCUUGGGUGGUGUGGGUGUUUCUGUGUGUGUGUUUCUGUUUGUGUGGAAACUAGUCUACUGUACACAAAGGUGUAAAGGGCACAUUUGUUGCUUUGCCCACUGUUGCCUCUGACCCCACCCAACACAGGGAUGCGGCCCCCUGAAAAGGAGCGUGGCCCUCGAGUACAAAAAAGUUCCCAACACCUGAUUUGAUGGCUUUCAGUUAUCUCUGCAGUUCUGUAAGCAAACAUUAUAACAUGAGGGUAUAUUUAGGCAGGGUGAUUUAAGAGCUGAAUGUGUGUUGCAACAGGCAUCACUCCUUUGUCCAACUUUGCAAGAACUUUUCACCAGAGGUAAAAGUGGGACAUAGGUAGACAUUUUGAGUUGUGGUUCCUUUCUCCUGCCUUCAGCUCUGGAAAAUAGAGAACCAUCUCCCCUCUGUCUCCAGCCUGAGCUACCCCCGCAAAUCAACACAGCGUUGCAGCAAUGGGACUUUACAAUGACUGAACUGGCUGAAAACUGACUCUCCCCACCCCCACAGGCCCCAUCCAACUUUUAAAAAAUGUUUUCGGUGGGUUUUGGAAGUAGAAAAUCCAUUUGCUCAACGCAAGCCAUUUAUAGAGUGGAAUUGCUGAUGAGAAACAUGUUUAGGAUCCAGUUUAGACUUAAAACACGCUGCUACUCCUCCUGAGUAUAUCAGUGAGUCAUUUUUUGGGCAGUGGGAGAGGAAGUAAAAAUCAGGAUGGCCAGAUACAAAAGAAGUCAGGGCUCCUGUAUUUUCAGAAACAGUGCAGAAGAUCCAUAUCAUGCUAGUUACAUCUGUUGAAACUCCCUUUUCUACACUACUGUCAAAAGUGCAGAAGUCCUGCCCUCUUUGAACCUGAGACCCUUUUUGUGGACUGGGGAACCAAUUGCCUACUUCUGCUUCUUUGUCCUCUGAAAGAAAAUAGUGGUGCAGUACAAAAAUGUCAUAGCGCAACAAAUUCCUUCCCCAAUUCCAGACAUAUUGGAUCGUACAAUUGGCAGGCAAGGCCUUGUUGAUGUUGCCAUCACUGGGGGAUGUCUAAUUGGCAGUGACCUGUGCGGGGCCUUUUCAGUGGUGGUUCCUUGUUUGUGCAAUACCCUCCCUAGUGAGAUAUUUUAUUUACCCAGGCACUUGAUGGCUGAAAUACACUGUUCCUAGAAACCCUGAGAUGCUGGCUGAGAAUGUUUUAAAGUGUUUUUAGAAUGUUUUCAAAUUUCUUUUGGUUGGUUUUUUUUUAAAAUGUUUUAUCAUUGCUAUGUAUGCCACCCAAGGCUCCUUUGGGAGGAAGGGCAGGAUAUAAAUCGAAACAAGAAGAAGAAGAAGAAGAAGAAGAAGAAGAAGAAGAAUGGGUUGUGGAUUUCAAAUACAGUGGUACCUCUGGAUUUGAAUGGGAUCCGUUUUGGAGCCCCGUUCGCAUCCUGAGCAGAACACAACCUGCAUCUGCGCAGGUCACGAUUUGCCGCUUCUGCGCAUGCGUAUGACGUUAUUUUGAGCAUCUGCGCAUGCGCUAGCGGUGAAACCCGGAAGUAACCCAUUCCGUUACUUCCGGGUCGCUGUGGAACACAACCUAAAAACUCUCAACCCGAAGCAACUUUAACCCGAGGUAUGACUGUAGUGAACAGUGACGAUUUUUGAUAGAAUUGGGUUUUAAUUAAAACAAACAAUUCUCCUGCAGGAAAUGACCACAUAAUCCCCCGUAAUUGUCCGGAGUUGCUGGAGAUCAGCCGUGUGGCUGUACGCAUCCUGGAUGAGCUAGUGCUCACGUUCCAAGAGCUGCAGAUUGACGAAAACGAAUACGCAUGUUUGAAAGCCAUCAUCUUCUUUGAUCCAGGUAGGUGCUGAUUUUUCAGUAACUUGGAAGAGGCAUCUGAGGCUGCUUCCAUGCCCCAACCCCUUUAACACGGCUGGGGAAUUGCUUUUCUACAAUGUGUGGGGAAUAAAAUUAAAAUGAAGGUUCCGCAGAAUAUAGGACUGUAUUGUCUAGCAAUGCCCUUCCUCGUGGCCAAGUUCCUCCUAUAACGUUUGUUCACGAAUAAGAACCAUUCAGUAAGGUUCCCAACAACAUGAGUGCAGGUGAGGGAAGUAGAGAAAGCGAAUAGAGAGGUGUUUUUUCUUCUCCUAGAACACAGAACAUCUGGCGAAGCGGAAUGGGAGAAAUUCAGGACAGGCAAAAGGAAAUAAUUCUUCACACAACAUAUAGUUAAAAUCUGGAAUAUGUAGUGAUGGCUGCCAUCUUGGAUGGCUCUAAAAUGGGACUAGGUAAGGAUGAUAGAUAACUAGUUGAGGCACAUGUGUCCUGUGUCCUGUGUUGCUUUUGUUCACCCUGUUUCAUAAGCUGGAGUUGUCACAGCGUCCCUCUAUUUGCUCUUACACAAUCGGAACUCAUGCAAAGUCUGUGUUAGUGCAGGAUGAGGAGAAUGAAACUGGCACACCUUCCCCAGUGCCUAACAAAGGAGUUUGAGCAAAGUAAGGAACCAAGUGCUUCAGGAGACCACCCAGACUGGCCCACUUGAAACUGCAUCUUUCUUGAGAAAUGCCAUAGUCCGUAAUUUCCUACGGUUUCCCCCAGAUGCUAAAGGGCUGAGCGACCCCAUCAAGAUCAAGCGAAUGCGGUACCAAGUUCAAGUUAGCCUGGAGGACUACAUCAAUGACCGGCAGUAUGAUUCACGGGGACGCUUUGGGGAACUCCUCCUCCUCCUGCCCACCCUCCAGAGCAUCACUUGGCAGAUGAUUGAGCAGAUCCAGUUUGUCAAGCUCUUUGGCAUGGCCAAGAUCGACAACCUUCUGCAGGAGAUGCUGCUAGGAGGUGAGUGUUGACCCUACAGGAAGUGGGGUUUUUUACCUAUUGAAUUUCGGGGGCUCCUCCAGAUGACCAUCUUAUUCAGCCUCUAUCCUGAUUAGCAUACACAAAACUUACACGGUGGUUAUAUGUCCGGUUUUUAUAGAGCACUGGUCACGAUCAAUUUAUGAGGCCGUUAUAUGACAACAAGCAUUCAUCCUGAUAUGCUUACUGGACCUCUCCUUAACAGGCUUCAGGUUCUUUGGAAAAUCCAAGCAUUUUGUGUUGCCCAAUUCCAUUUAGGACAGGGAUCCUGUGCAUUUAACUCAGUUAGGAACAAGCUGGAUGUACUGUAGGGAACUGGGUCUGCCAAACAGCUGAGGGUGGACAUGAUUCAAAACAAAGUCAGCGAGAAGUUGCAGGGGAAUAGCAGUAGAGGGGAUAGACAGGUUAAGCAACCCUCAUCUGCUGAGUCUCCAUUUCAGAGGUCACAAUCUCCCACCAAAUCAAAGCUCUCCCACGAGCCUCACAGACCUGUCUGUGGAGAACCUGUACAGACUGCCAGUGUUUUUACAACAUGUAAAGUGACAUUUGCCUGGUGCCUGCUUCAUAUAAUAUACAGUGGUACCUUGGGUUACAGACGCUUCAGGUUACAGAUGCUUCAGGUUACAGACUCUGCUAACCGAGAAAAAGUACCUUGGGUUAAGAACUUUGCUUCAGGAUGAGAACAGAAAUCACAUGGUGGCGGCGCGGUGGCAGCGGGAGGCCCCAUUAGCUAAAGUGGUGUCUCAGGUUAAGAACAGUUUCAGGUUAACAACAGACCUCCAGAACGAAUUAAGUUCUUAACCUGAGGUACCACUGUAGUCAGGUGGUUAAAAAAAAACUAUAUUAUUUUCUCAGGUUUUUAAUCAAUUAAACUGGCUGGGUUGUUGGUUUUUUGGGCCGCUUUGGAACUGGUAUCGUUACACUAUGUAUUGCUUUGCGCUGCAUUCUCUGUUUCAUCGAAUUUUGCACGUAACCAUUUUACUGCAUUUUUAUUUAUUUAUUUUUUUAAAAAGAACUAUAUCCAUUUAUUAUGCAAUACUUAGAAUAAUAUAUAUAAUUUAGGGUCAUCGAGUGACACACCUCACGCUCAUCACCAUGCUCUUCACCCGCACCUGAUCCAGGAGAACCUGGGGACGAACGUGAUUGUGGCCAACACAAUGCCUACUCAGAUGCACAACGGGCAGCUGUGUGAGUAUUCCUGCACAAGAGAACCAGCUCUCUAGGCAUGCCGUUUGUGUUCUGCGUCAUGGUAAACCGAGUAAGUGGGGCUAGUAUGCAGAUUUCUCAGUUUGCUAGAGUACUGGGAGCAACAUCUCCCAUAAUGCUCUGCUCUCCCUAACACCAGUAGGAAAGGAAGAGGAAGGAGCCUCAGUCAGACUUUUUAGAAAACACAAUAAAACGCCAUAGGAUGGUGUACAUGAUUACAUGAGUAUGUGAAGAGGGAGAACACACAUCCUUCGAAUAAGAAGAAAUAUUUAAAAGAAAAGCCUUCUAAUAUUGAUGGGACAAGAGCAGAAGGGGGUAAUGUUUUAUUUUCCCACUUUUAAAGAGGCUACCUGAGUGCACAAGUGCAUAACAACAUUUGGCAUGUACAUCUAAUCAAAAGUAAAGAAAAGACUCUUGAAAAUGCUAUUGAACCCAGUAGGAUUUACCUCAAAGUAAACAUGCAUUGGGUUGCACUGGUAACCUUCUUUUGAUGUGAUCCUUUAUACUCUGACUGAUCCUGUACAAUGCCUUUUAUAUAUAAUAUAAAACAUCAAUUUUUUUCUUUCAACAGCCACUCCUGAAACUCCCCAGCCUUCCCCACCCGCUGGCUCAGGAGCUGAACAAUACAAACUGCUUCCUGGGGCCAUUGCAACUGUGGCCAAGCAGCCUAGUUCAAUCCCUCAACCCGCCAUCACGAAGCAAGAGGUCAUCUAGCAUCCAACCAAAUGAAUGUAUCAGAUGCCACAAAGACCAUGAUGAGGGAGACAAGCCCUUUCUCGUUCCCGUUUUGAUCACUCUGGAGGUUGAAUAUUCACAGAGGCAUCCCAGGGCACAAACGCAUCAAAUUGUUAUUUGGAAAUUGGAUGGGGAGAAAGCCAUCUUCCCAAAGCUGACUCUUCAUGUGGCUGUGGAGAACAUCUGCACCCGAGCAUUGCAGAACGAAUGAACUAGCCUUGGUGGAAGUCUUUAUCCUAUAGAGCCAGAUCCCAAAUUUCAGAUACGUAGCUGACUAUUGCACUGACAUGCUUGUUUCAUCACUGCCACUGAGUUACACAAUGUUAUUGUGUUUAUUUCACUUCAAAUCUUAACUUUUUUUAUUUAAAAAAAGGCAUCCGAAUGAAAGGGAAGGGUGAACACCUUCACUGCAAGAUCUCUAAAUAGCUGCAAGCCCUCUCGUGACAAUCCCAAGCAGGCAUGGUGGUCCACACUACGGAAGAGGCAGAAAGUUUGACCCGGAUGUUGCAGAAGUACAGCCUCUUUAUUGCCUUCUCCACAGUUCCACUGCCUGGGGCAGUAGCAGAAGCAGAAGCCAGGACUAGAUGCUUCCAGUGAUCUUCAGAAAUAAACAAAAUUCAGUGGCCAAAGUAGUUGGUGGUGCUUUUUCCACCUGGUGUCUGGUGAUUUCUAUGAGGAAGUAGCAGCUUGUUUGAACAAAGCAUUGGCUUGCUGGAUCAGACCAAGAUCCAUCCAGUCCAGCAUUCUCUCCUUCAAACAGCAGUCAGCCAGAUGCCUCUUGGACUCACAAGUGACGCAUGAAAGUGGAUGGUCUUCUCUUGGCUAUGCUCUUCUUUUCCUCACUUGCUACUCAUGUGCAUUGUCUCUGCACAUGGAGGUCCCAUGUCUGAUAAAGUAGUCCUCCUUGAAUUUGUCUAGUCCUUGUUGAGACUGUAAGAUUUGCCUUCUUGCUGCAACAGAGCCAAGGGUCCUUUUAUUUGAGGGGAUGCCUGUAUGUGGAAGUGCUACACAAAUGUCGAUUUCAAUGUCAUCCUUCAUUCAAGAGAUAAUUCAGUUGCAUUAAUGAUGCCAGAUUCCUCUGCUUCGGUGAAUCUCCUAAUCAAGCGACCCACUACUGGCCUCGUCCAUUUCUCGUCCCUAUUCAUAAUGAUUCCAGGUGCUACGUUGUUGGGAAUUAUGGAGAACAAAUGAGGGGAAGAUCUGAAGGUGACGCAGGUUCAGGGCUGGCACCAGCGAACCUUUCUCCUAGGCCUAGGCGCUGCCAAGGAGGUUGAUAAGCCAGGUCAGCAUGGGCCAAAUGCACUUUUUGCCUUAAUUCACGCUGACUGCACUGUGAUGCAAACCAUCUCCUCUAGAUGCAAAGUUUCUACCUGAUCUUAAGCCCUUGCUGCUGUGCCCCUUGGGUAGUAUUCCCACUUGUGAGUGGCAGCCAUCUUGAUGCACCCACUGUGUAUGUAUGGCAGGAACGCAACAUAGACUGCCGUAUACAGAGUCAGACCAUCGGCCUCUCCAGCCUAGUAUUAUGCUGCAAGCCUGAUGCAGACAUCUUUCCCAAUCCCACAGCUAGAGUCCCUUUUAAUUAGAGAUGUUGGGAAUUGGACCUGAGACCCUCUGAAUGCAAGGCAUGUGCUCUGCCACUGAGUCAUCGAUCCUCCCCUAAACACAAGGAUUGGGGACCUCAUUCCAAUGAAUAUACAGCUGACAAUCUUUUGAAAAUGCCCUAGAUCUGAUGAGAUGUCAAAAGGAAAUUAACUUACCUUCCCAUUUUUUAAUUUUACCUCAGCAAGCAUGAGGGCUUGGACUUGUUCUGUGUGAGGAUAAUUUUUUUAUUCAAUCUAAGCAGUUAGGCCAAAGUCACGCCGACACCACAUGUGAUAUACAGUGGUACCUCAGGUUACAGAUGCUUCAGGUUACAGACGCUUCGGGUUACAGACUCCGCUAACCCAGAAAUAGUACCUUGGGUUAAGAACUUUGCUUCAGGAUGAGAACAGAAAUCGCGCGGCAGCGGCACAGCAGGAGGCCCCAUUAGCUAAAGUGGUACCUCAGGUUAAGAACAGUUUCAGGUUAAGAAUGGACCUCCAGAACGAAUUAAGUUCUUAACCAGAGGUAUCACUGUAUGUUGACUACUGUGGAAUUUCCUUGGUAUUUAAAACACAGCUGAGAAAUGCCAUUAUCUGCACACUGAACCACACCCCGGGGGCAUGUUUACACCAUCAGUUAUUCUCAGUUAAGAAGCCCUGAUUUUUCCUCAAACUGAUUUAUUUAGCACAUUCAAGGAGCAAGUAAGAAACUGAAGUUGAAAGAGAAUCAAAGGCUACUGAAAAGAUCAGGAGCUCGUGAUUUGCCUCUCUUUUAUCUCAGGAUAAGCAUAACAAUAGUUGAAUUCUUCUCUGAUGAGUAAAAUUACCUGUUUCUUGGAGAAGGCAGGCCUCAUCCAUAAGACAAUUUCAGAGAAGCAAGAAUCCCUAUGAGGUGACUUCCCCUGCCCAGUGUUUAUGUGGUAAACUAUAGGGUGCGAUUACAAAUUCUUUAAAGGAAACUUAAGAGUUGCCAGCCUUUUGGUGCUAGUGAGCACACUGGGAAUUUUGAGAAAGCGCUGUGGGUGCCGAUUGCAAAAUUCACAAGGGUGUGAAAUCUCACACAAAGUGGCACCCACAGCUAAAAGAGCAGAAAAAGAGCCAGAGCCACAUAGGAAUGUGAUGUUGUCCCUGCCCCAUCAAUGGAAAAAAUGCACCUCCAUCUGCCAUUGCCACACUCGGUCACAGAGGGAAGUCCUCUGCAGUCUCUUAAAUUUCAAACAAGUGGGAGGGUGGGUGACUAGUCCCGGCAUCCUAUGAAAUGUGGCCAUGUUUAAAGGUGUGUGUAUGAUGUAGGAGAAGCAGGAAGAGCAAAUGGUCCUUUGUGUCUUGGAUUUUUGAGGGGAUAUUCACUGAGGCCUUCCAAAAACACCAUAGGAAGUUCUGGUGGACACACUAGUACAUGCAGAUACCACAUUGGUGGCUCGUGGUGGUUGUUCCAUCUCAGAAACACUCAUGUGAAAUGGCCCGGGGUGGCUGCUGAAAAUACUAUUUAUUUUAUAGAACUAUUUCUUCAUGGUAUUUCACUCCAGAGAGUACCAAAGCAAUUGACAACCACAAAAAAUAACAUAGCAAUAAAUAAUAAAAUAUUUCAGUCAAAUAAUAUCAUAGAAUUGUAGAGUUGGAAGGGACCCCAAGGGUCAUCUAGUCCAACCCCCUGCAAUGCAGGAAUAUCACCUAAAGUAUCCAAGACACAUGGCCAUCCAACCUCUGCUUGAAAACCUCCAAGGAUGGAGAGUCCACAACUUCCCAGGGGAGACCAUUCCACUGCUGAACAGCUCUUACUGCCGGAAAGUUCUUCCUGGUGUUUAGUUGGAAUAUCCUUUCUUGUAACUUGAAGCCAUUGGUUCGAGUCCUACCCCCCAGAGCAGGAGAAAACAAGCUUGUUCCCUCUUCCAUGUGACAGCUCUUAAGAUAUUUGAAGUUGGCUAUCAUGUCUCCUCUCAGUCUCCUCUUAACCUAAACAUACCUAGCUCCUUCAAGCGCUCCUCAUAAGGCUUGGUUUCCAGACCCUUGAUCAUCUUGGUUGCCCUCCUCUGCACAUGUUCCAGCUUGUCAACAUCCUUCUUAAAUUGUGCCCAGAAUUGGACAUUGAAUUCCAGGUGUGGUCUGACCAAGGCAGAAUAUUACUUCCCUUAAUCUGGACACUAUACUUCUGUUGACACAACCUAGCAUUAGGGUUUUUUGCUGCUGCAUCCCACUGUUGACUCAUGUUAAGCUUGUGGUCCACCAAGACCCCUAGGUCCUUUUCACAUGUACUGCUAGUAAGCCAGGUGUCCCUCAUCCUAUAUCUGGUUCUUCCUGCCUAAGUGCAGAACCUUACAUUGGUCCCUAUUGAAAUUCAUUUUGUUAGCUUGAGCCCAGUUCUCCAAUCUGUUAAGGUCAUUUUGAAUUAUGAUUCUGUCUUCUGCAGCAUUAGCUACCCCUCUCAGUUUGGUGUCAUCUGUGAAUUUGACGAACAAGGUGCUAAAAUCUAAAAACUGGCAAUAAUAGUCUGGAAAUGCCUGAGCAAAUCAAUGACUUUUAAAAGCAUGCUGGAAGCAUCUGACACUUGGUACCUGCCUAAUCUCCAAGGUGAGGAAGGUGCCACCACAGAGAAGGCUCUUUGCCUUACCAUUGUAUGUGGUAUGGAGUUCACCAGUUGAACUUCUGCCUGCCAUGCAGAUAAGCCUCCUCUAUUGAAUGCCUUAUUCUCAACAUCCACAAUUAAGUUUCUCCCUUCAGCUGUUUUUCUGACUUCUGUUCUGUGUGGCUGCAUAUCAGUGCCAGAGCCUCCAUUUUCUCUCCAUCUCUCAUGGUGCACCAGGGAAUAGACUGCACUCCGUGUCCUUGUCUGUCCUGAGUCCUCAGCUGUAAACUGUUCCAGCCAGAGAAAGUUAAUGGAAAUAGAAUAAUUAAAGUCUUGUUCUGCAACACCAGAUAUGAUGCCUCUCAAGGUUAGGAGCCAAGGCAGCUAGCAAGGAAGGGUGUCUGAAACUUGUUUGGAUUCCUUGGAGUACGUGCAGACCAGAGUAAAGUUUAUCUUGGGAUAACCAUCUCCAAACGUGUACACAGUGCUAUUUUUCUAGAAAAAGAGGUGCCAGAACUCACCAUGAACGCCCCCCUUUUCUUUUAUAAUGGCAAUGGCGCCCACCUGAGAGGUGCCGGAACUGAGUUCUGAAGUGUUGGAUUUGAGAAAGAAGUUGUAAACCAGAAUCUUUCCCAAAGUCCAAAUUCAAUAUUCAUUAUCCAAUGAUGUCCUGCGCUCAUCUGCUUUCUCUUGCUAAAACCCUAAUAGAUACUGACAUGUCCCUUAAUUUUACAGAAGAAACAUCCAAUUUAAUGUGUCCAGAAUGCAGGCAGACCAUAAUAAUCUUCAAAUGUUGGGGCUGAAGGUAUGUAGCUCAGUGGGAGAGCACAUUCAUAUCUUCCCCAGGUAGACAUGGAAAUGAUACAUAUCUGAAAGCUUGGAGAACAGCUGUCAGUCAGUGUAGACAAUACUGAAGCAGAUUGACCAGUGACCUGAACUCAAUAAAUUAUUAUUAUUAUUCAGACUUUUAGAAGACAUCGGAAGGCAGCCCUGUUUAGGGAAGCUUUUAAUGUUUGAUGCAUUAUGGUAUUUUAAUAUUUUGUUCGAAGCCGCCCAGAGUGGCUGGGGAAGCCCAGCCAGAUGGGCGGGGUAUAAAUAAUAAAUUAUUAUUAUUAUUAUUAAUAAAAGGUUACCUUCCUCUGUUCCCUUGGAAGGAUAAGCACAGCGCUCUCUGCUGAUCAUCUGCUUCAUUAUUGCAUGUCACGGCUGAGAAAAGAAAGACCAACUUUCCAAAAAGGGCACUGACUGGGAAAUAGAACUGUUUGUGAUAUAUACUCACUGGUGGAUUUCAGAUUUUCUGUCUUUGGGGAACCCCUUCUGCUAAGGAACUCUCUGUACAUCUGCCACUGAAUCCCUGUGUAUUGCAGAGGGUUUGAAGAAUGAGGAAAUGCCCUAGGGUGCAAACUGAGAUCAAAUAGGGUACACACUAGCCUGAACAGUUGGGGCUUUAAAGCACUGUUUGAGGCUAUUUGAAAGCCUUUUUGCAAACAGCCUUUGCUGCUCUUUGAACCUCUGCUUUGCAGGCAACCAAACUGAGCAGGAUUUCAGUCUUGCUCCACUUCCUAAAACCAACACCCCCUGCACUUUCUAGCUGAUUUCACCAGUGCUCUUUUUCUAGAAAAGAGGUGCUGGAACUCACCAUGAACGCCUCGCUUGUUCUCUUAGAACAGCAAUGGCGCCCACCUGAGAGGUGCCGGAACUGAGUUUGGCUGAAAAAAGCCCUGGGUGUUACCUCUCAUCAGAGUGAUGCCAGGUGAUUGGCAGGUGGGUGUGGUUUUUUAAAAGUAGUCUCACAGACCAAAGUUUAACUCCUGGAGGUCCAAUACAGUGGUACCUCAGGUUACAUACGCUUCAGGUUACAGACUCCACUAACCCAGAAAUAGUGCUUCAGGUUAAGAACUUUGCUUCAGGAUGAGAACAGAAAUCGGGCUCCGGCUGCACAGCAGCAACAGGAGGCCCCAUUAGCUAAAGUGGUGCUUCAGGUUAAGAACAGUUUCAGGUUAAGUACGGACCUCCGGAACGAAUUAAGUUCUUAACCUGAGGUACCACUGUACUGCCCCGCAAAUUGGAGAUUCCUCACCACAGACUAGACCUUAUUGUGCCUAUCACCCUAUGUGGAUUGAGAACAUACCCUAUAUCCACCCCCAAUGUGCAGGACAGGGAAAGAUCAGAAGGGGUGAACUAAUGACGUUGCUUUUCUGCUGCAGCUGCUUCUGAGAUUCUUUAAGAUGACAGUGCCAAAGAUUGAAGUUGAGACCUCUCUGUGUGAUUGCAUAGCAUGGGCCCAAGCCACUGAGCUAUGACCAAAGGUGCCAUCCCUCUUUCCUGGAAGUUAUGUUCAUCACUGCAUAUUUUUUUGUCAAAGUAUCAUGGGGUUCCCUGGAACAGUUGGAAAGACACUGCUGUAGAAGGUAGAUAAUAAGCGAGUGCCAUCCCUUUGAAUUCAAGAACUGGAAUUAUAGUUCGGGGAAAAUAUUAGCUGUUUUGCAAAUUCUGUGGAGUUGUCUCCUUGUAAGAAUAGUUCCAACUGCCAAAAAAAAAAAGACCUCAGUCAGGAUCCUUGACUGGAAUAAACGGACCAAUGGAUAUUAAGUGACGUCAUCUCAUUUACACCUGCUUAGGGAUUAGUCCCUUUACUUCAUAUGCAAAAAUAAACAUCCUGCCAGCAGACCUCGGGUGUCAAAGUAUUCUAACGUUUGCCAGACACGACUGUGUUAUGCUAUGUAAUUUAUUGUAAUGAUGCGUCAAAUCAUCCCCCCCUAAAUUAUUGUGUAAAUCAUAUUGAUUAUGUGUAAUUGCAAAAUUGAAUGUGAAUAGUGUAAAUUACAGGAUUGUUUUUCCAGCUGCAGCAACAUUUCCUAUACGUAGGGAUAGCUGGAAGAAGGUAUUUGGGGUGUAGAUUUACUUUUAGUAUGGUACAUUAAUGUUUGUUGACUACUGCCUUCCAAUGGAAAAGAGAGAGCUGUAUUUCUUUUAUUAGUGUUUUAAAGAAAAAUAAAUACAAAAUGUUUUCUAACCUUUCACAGA